UAUGUAAUUGGGUGAACAAGAAGAAAGAAAGCUGAAAGAGAGGACUCUUCUCGACUUCUUUUCCAAGCCAAAAAUACUUAAUGUAAAUAUAUAUACAUAUACAAUACAAUAAAUACGGAAUCUCCCCCUCAUAUCUCUCUUCCUUCCUCAAUUCUUCAUCAGAUGUCUGCCAUCACUCCAUAAAAGCUUGAAGCUGUGGAGAUUGUUUUGAUGGUGCAAUGCCUUUUACGACGAUUGCUUUAGAUAGGUUAAUAGAACCAAAAGUUUCUAGAACGAUGGCAGCAGUGAAAAGUGGAAGUGAUUUGAGGCAAGGGAGUCGGAUUAAUGGCACUGAUAAACCGAUAGAUAGGCAUCAUUGGACUCAGAUUUCACCUGCACUCUAUGCUACCCCUGAACCGACACCGCUCCCAGAACUCCCGGAUUCCCCGUCAUCGUUCACUCCAUCACCAUAUAUUGUAAACCACAAGAGACGUGGGCCACGUCUCUCCAAGGCCUUCUCUGAAGAUGAGGUAGCUCUUCAUGGAGCUGUAGAUGAUGAAAAGACAAAUGUGAUUGUGAGAAGUUUAGAGGCAGAAGACAUUGAGUCUUUUAAGGUUAAUGAAACGGAUAAUGUUCAUGAAGCCAUUGAAGACAAUCAUGCCAAAUCCGUGGUUAAUGGUGGACAUGCAAAUGACAUCACUGAGAAUGCAGCAGCUGGACAGGAUAAUUUGGAGAGCGAAGUGGAUGAUUUCUUUGACCCGCAAGACUCAUUGAGUGUUAGGAGCAGUGUAGACGGGGAAAGCAGUUUCGGAUUGGAGCGCUCUUUCAAUCUCAACAACUCGGUUUCUGAAUUUUACGACGCAUGGGAAGAAUUGUCAUCUGAAAGUGGAUCCCAGCCUUCUUCACAUGUUGAGACUGAAUUACGUGAACUACGUUUGAGUUUGUUGGUGGAGAUGGAGAGACGGAAGCAAGCAGAAGAAUGCAUAAAUGAUAUGCGGAGCCAAUGGGGGAGGAUACGUGAACAGUUAUCUCUUGUUGGGCUGAAUCUUCCUGUAGGUCUUACUGUUUUGGAAGACCAAUCUGGGGAUGAUCCUGUAGAAGAGUUAUCUCGUCAAGUUCAUCUUAUGCGCUUCGUAUCGAAUUCUAUUGGUAGGGGAGUUGCCAAGGCCGAGCUUGAGACCGAGAUGGAAGCCCGGUUAGAGUCUAAAAACUUUGAGAUUGCUAGGUUAUUGGACAAAUUGCGGUAUUAUGAGCUUGUCAAUCACGAAAUGUCUCAGAGGAAUCAAGAAACUAUUGAAACGAUGCGACAACGUAGGGAAAAACGGAAGAAAAGACAAAGGUGGAUCUGGGGUUCAGUUGUUGCAGCAGUUACAAUUGGAAGUGGUGUGUUAGCAUGGUCCUAUGGAAAAGGUUCAUCCUUGGCAGACGCUCCUCCGUGUCAUACUUCUGAAGACAGUCGUUCAACCCAGUGAUGAGAACCUGAUGUCAUUCGAAGCAUAUCAUUUUCAUACACCAAAUGGACCGUCAAAUUCGACGAUAAAGCAUCAAUGUGAAUAGCAAAUAUAGUUCUAGAUUAGAAUAAGACUGGUGUAUGGAAGUCAAAAUAAGUCUUCAAUCUGUCAACAUUGCACCUAGUAUUUUCUGCAAAUACAGGUCAUUUUGGAUUACGUAUACACCUGCUGGUUUAGUUCAUAGCUUGAACAUUAAAGAAA